UCAAUUUUCUUUUUUUCUUACAAACCCCUCUCCCCUUUCUCUCAGCUGGUUUUCCCAUCUCUGUUUGCUGGUUUCCCUCCAUUGUUGUUCUUCACUUCUACGCCCUCUCUUUCUCUCACUCUCUUUCAAGAUUUAUUUUGUGUUCUUUCUUCUUCUUCUUCCUGUAUUUGGGGUUUCUUGGUCGUGAAGGAUGAGUGGUGGUGGGUCUAGGGCUUCAAUCCCCAGCAGUGUGAGGAAGACGAUCGAUAAUAUUAAGGAGAUCACGGGCAAUCACAGUGAUGACGAGAUUUAUUCAAUGCUUAAAGAAUGUUCCAUGGAUCCCAAUGAGACUGCUCAGAAGCUUCUUCUUCAGGAUACUUUUCAUGAAGUGAAGAGCAAACGAGAGAGGAGAAAAGAGAAUGCAAACAAUCGAGAGUCUGUAGAGUUGCGGUGGAAAACAGGCAUGCAGGGAAGGGGUGGUAGAGGUGGUCGUAUAAAUUCUUCUCGUUAUAUUUCUCAUGAUAUUGGUGGUGGCCGGAACUCUGGACCUGGAAAAGAGAAUGGAGUAAAUCAAGCAAUCGAGAAGGGUGGUUCUUUAUCCAGGCCGACUUCUCAAGAGACAAAAAAUAAAGAAAAAACACCAGCAACUAGCUCUCCAUCUGUUGUAAAUGGCGCCACACGUGUUGCUGAAGUAACUUCAUCUUUGGCAGACAUAAGUGGGAAGGGGAGUGCAUUGCCUCCUAUAAAUGCGAACAAGAACCCAAACCAUGCAUUUAGUACCAGGCCCUCAAGUGAGCAGCCCAUAGUGAACUCUGAUAACAGCUUAGUACCAAUCACAGUGGCAUCUUCAUCAUCAGCACUGAGCUCCUCGUCUUUGGAUCCAUCCAGUGAGGCACAGCUACGAGGUUCUGUGGAUACCAUUAAAUGUGAUGGGGGAAGCUCAUUGCAACCUAAUGAGCCAAGCACAGCUAAUAUCGUGAAAAAUAAAUUAAUUCCUGAGACUUUGGAGAUUGGCCACUCUCUGGCCCAGGAAAAUCAACCAAUUAAAUCUCCAAAAAUUGAGGAGAGUCAACUCAAUGAGAUUUUGCCUCCUUCUGUGUCAAUGCAGGGCAACUCCUCCGUUAGUUUACCUUCUAAUCAUAAUAAACGUCCACAACAAGUAAUUGGUCCUCAUAAAGCUAGUUCUAAUAAGGAAUGGAAACCAAAGACCGCAAGUUCAGUUAUCCAGCAAUUGAGAACUGUCAGUGCGGCUGCUGCUGCAUCUGAGGUUUCAGGUGUUGCCUUUAAUGACACUGAACAUUUAGAGCCUGCUUCGAGGAUCCUUGAUUCAGAAGAUGCUACUUCAAAAUUGCAGAAGAAAUUGGAAGAGUUGCAUGUAUCAAAAAGUCAGCUUGUUAUUCUUCCAAACCACAUCCAGGUUCCUGAUUCUGAAAGAUCGAAGCUAAGCUUUGGAAGUUUUGGCAUUGGUUUCGGAGUUUCUGCCGUUGUUCCAAACGGUCUGGAGAGUGACCAGAGACAUACACCCGUUUCUGAAGCUUCAGUGGAUGCUGAUGAAAAUGUAGAGGAAGUAACUUCAAGUUAUCCUAAUGCACAAAGAAGUACUGAAGAAGUAGAUUCUCCUGAUCGUCCACAAUCUCCCUCGCAUGUGCCCGAGAAUUUAUCACCCACUGGAGGAGAACUUCCAUCAAGCACAAUUCACGAGUACAAUGAUUUAAAGCAGGAGACAGUAUUACCGUCUGGAGGCCAUACAAACUCCGUUGCUCAAACUUCUUCAGGUUACAGUUUUGGUUUCAUCUCCCCUGUAGUUGGGAGUCAGAUUGCAGCAGUUGAAAACUCUGAUUCUCAGGGCCGUGAUGCUUCUCGUCUUCCCAACUUCGUUGUUCAACAACAUUUUGACCCUUCAAGUUACUAUAACCAGUUUUACCGAUCAGGUGAGAAUGACGGUCGACUUUCCCCCUUUCUUUCUCCUGGAGUUGCUGCUAAGUACAAUGGCAAUGUUGCACUGUUGUCUCCUUCAAGCUCUCAAUCUCCUCAAGAGGGUGUGGUUCUGACUACGGCUGGUCCAACAGCAAUGUUAACUCAAGCAGCUGGGCUCAUGCAAAGCUCUAUAGCUGUGACUCAGCAGCCUGUCCCCGUCUUUCGACCUCCAACAGGGCUCCAUAUUUCUCAUUAUCCUCCCAACUACCUACCAUAUGGUCAUUAUUUCUCCCCGUUCUAUGUUCCACCUCCUCCUAUCCAUCAAUUUGUUGGCAAUAAUGCAUUUCCUCAGCAACCUCAAGGAGGCAGUAUCUAUCCAGCUCCACCACCGGCAUCUGCUGCAGUUAAAUAUUCAAUUCCACAAUACAAGAUGGGAGCCAAUCCUGGUAACUCAUCUCACAUUGGCGUGCCUAGUGGUUAUGGUCCCUAUGGCUCUUCAGCACCUGGUUAUAGCCCAAGCACUGCUGCACCAGCUGGAAAUACCACCGCUAAUGAGGACCUUGGUGCAUCGCAGUUCAAGGAAAAUAAUGUAUACAUCACUGGACCACAGAGCGAAGGUUCAGCAGUAUGGAUUGGCGCACCCGGAAGAGACUUAUCGAGCUUGCCCACAAAUUCAUUCUACAACCUUCCACCACAAGGUCAACAUGUGACCUUUACCCCAACACAGACAGGUCAUGGCACAUUCGCCAGCAUCUAUCACCCAGCACAAGCAGUAACUGCAGCAUCAGUUCACCCUCUCCUGCAACAGUCACCGGCUGUGGCUGGAGGAGUUGAUACGGUAGGACCAGGAGGAGGUAGCAUUUAUCAACAACCUCAACACUCACAGAUCAAUUGGCCAAGUAACUACUAGGUAACAACAACAUAUCAGAAGUUCUUUAAAAAAAUUAAUAUUGGGAUUUUUGGGAGAGCUCCCAGCAAUUGUGGAUCAGUAAAAAAGAAUAUGAGGGGGGAAGAGUUGGUAUUGACUGGAGAAUGUUUUAGAGAGAAGGAAAAGACUGAUUCUACUGUUUGCUUGAAGUGAGUUACAUGAAAGGUGCAGACCACCUAUAACAGAUAUUUACCAUUUUAAGUUAGUUCAUGUAGGCAUGUGCAGUUGUUCUAUUUCUUGCAGCUGGUGCUCUAUGGAAUAUCUCUCUCUCAAUUCUUCAUUUGAUAAGCUUUUCGAACUGAGAGAAUUUGUAGUCGUCGAAGUGUUCGAGAAUCGUUUUACAUUCUUUCUUCUUUAAUUUGGAGAUCCUAUAGGGGCUUUUGAAAGAGGUAAGAUUAUUCAGCUACCUUACCUGUAAAGUUAUUUGAUAGCAAGAAAAAGGUUGUAUUCAUGUAAUCCAGAAAAUGUGAAUUGUUUUUGUUGACUCAUUUAUAUUUUAAUACUUUAGUUCUCAUC